AUGUCUUCCUGGGGAGACAAAGGAGCAGGGAAUCCAACAUCCAUGGUGACAGUGUCAGGGACUGAGGUUGGCCAGCAUCUCCAGGAAAUCAGAAACCAAAGCAGCGUCUCUGACUUCCUGCUCCUGGGCUUCUCUGCACACCCUGAGCGGCAGCCUCUCCUGUUCGGACUCUUCCUGGGCAUGUACCUGGUCACCAUGUUGGGGAACCUGCUCAUCAUCAUGGCCAUUGGCUCUGACCAGCACCUCCACACCCCCAUGUACUUCUUCCUGGCCAACCUGUCCUUCGUCGAUACCUGCUUCACCUGCACCAUUGUCCCCAAGGUGCUGGCGAACAUCCUGACACAGCGCCACGCCAUCUCCCACACUGGGUGCCUCGUGCAGAUGUACUUCUUCAUGGCGCUGACCCUGCUGGAUGACUUCCUGCUGGCCGUGAUGGCAUAUGACCGCUACGUGGCCAUCUGCCUUCCUCUCCACUACACCACGAUCAUGCGUCCCCAGCGCUGCCUGCUGCUGGUCGCCGCAUCCUGGCUCUGCUCCCACCUCCUGGCUUCCUCGCUCACCCUCCUCAUGUCUCAGUUCUCCUUCUGUGCCUCUCAUGCCAUCCCACACUUUUUCUGUGAUCUUCUCCCUCUCCUCAAACUUGCCUGUUCAGACACCCAGAUCUUUCAGGUCAUGAUGUUUGCUGAAGCAGCCCUCUCAGGUGUGGUCCCUCUCACCUGUGUCCUGGUCUCUUAUGCCCACAUCAUCCACACCAUCCUCAGGGUCCCCUCUGCUGUGGGGAAGCACAAGGUCUUCUCGACCUGUGGCUCUCACCUGUCAGUGGUUACUCUCUUCUAUGGGACGCUCUUUCUGGUGUAUUUCCAGCCCUCAUCCACCUAUUCAGCAGAAAUAGGAAUGGUGGCAUCUGUAGUAUAUACAAUGGUCAUCCCCAUGCUGAACCCCUUUAUCUACAGCCUGAGGAACAGUGACAUGAAGGGGGCUUUGUGGAGACUCCUUGGCUGGGGAAGAUGUUCCACAUCAUAA